AUGAUUAAUAUAUUUAAAUCUGACUUUGAAAGACAUCUAUAUUCAAGUUCAAUACUAAAUAAUACAGUUUAGUUAAAUGUGACAGAUCUGAAAUUCCUAAUGAAAGGAUUCCAAGAAUAACAAACUCCAAUUUCAAUAAGAACGAUAUUUAAGAAGUUUAUUAAUGCACUUCCAUAAAAGGCUUCAUAUAGAGUAAAAUUAAAGAUUUUAGCAGCAUGUCAUGUAUUAUUAGAUGAUAUGAUGCAUGGUGCCAUAUUUGCAGAGUAUGUCAAUGAUUGGGAUGGGUUUAUAGAUAAUAAUAAUUAAAAUGAAGAUAAAUUUGUAGAUUUCUAUUUUCAAGUAUUGCAAAGAUUUGCUAAUAGCAUUUCUUUGAUUAAGAUGGUGAAAAGUUAAAAAUCAUACACAAUCAAAUGUAUUAAAUUCUCAUCUAAACUAGAAUUUGAAGAAUUUUAAAAUAUGUAUUAUAAAGCGAUAAACUUAUUAAAUUUUGUAUUUUGCCAAACUCCACUAUUUAAAGAUAUUUUAGCAUCUAACAAAGAAGAGAUUAUUUAUGAAUUAUUAUUACUUUUAUGGAAUGAUGUCAUUGCAUUAUAUCUCUUUCUAGAAAAGUAAUUAAAAAUUUUAUUUUAGAUUAAUUAAAGAGUUUGAGUUGGAAUAUUCAUCCCUCUCAACUUCAGUUUUCUUUUAAAUUUACUAAUUACUUCCAGACAUAUAAAAGAUUUAGAAUUCUAUUAAAGAAUUUUAUUAAUUACAUUAUUACCAUAAAGUUGAAAAACAUAUUAAGGAACCAUAUUGGAAAGAAAUAAAUGAAAAAAAAUUGGAAGAAAUUCAUAAAUAUAAUUAAAUUGUUAAAAUUUCUACAACUAGACACAAAUUAUAAUAGUAAGUAAGAAGAAAGCAUUAAACAUUUACACCAUAAAAUAACUGUUAAUAAUAAUAUUUUUCAAAUACAACAUUAGGUUAUCUAAAGAGGCUCUCAACUUCUGAAGAUCCAUUUGAAAUAAGUGUGCAAGAUAACUUUGGAUAUCAAUUCACUUAAUAGUGAC